ACUUUCAAUCAGCACAGCAAGAAAACAAUCGGUCGAUUCAAUGAUUCGUUAAUAGCCAAGUUCGUUGUUCUUGGAGGUUCCAUGAAGGUUAUAUCGUAAUCACGAUCAGAGAUGAUCAUCGGGGUCCGAAACGCCGGAAGCCAGCCUGACAAAUCAUAGUUUUGGACCUUUCCAAUUUCCAUGAUUUGAUAAGAUAGUUUCGAUCAUGGGUCCGCACCGUCUUGUACGGUUUGAUGUUAAAUUUUUAUUGACAGAAUAACCGAGAUGAUUACUUAAAACGAUUAGACAACAGAGGCGAUGGGUUAAACUAUGAAUUUUAAAAAACUAUGGUUAGUUGAAGGAGAUGAGGUUUAGAGCGAACCAUAUAACCCACUUGCUCAGCUUCAUCCUCGGAUGCGGUUUCACCGUUACAUUCUUCACGUUUAACUUCUCGCCGAGUAUUGAAAUUGAGAAGGAACGUUUUGACAUCGUACUCGCUGUAUUGAGCGCACCCGGGAACGCAGAGAGACGUGAUGCGAUACGAGACUCUUGGUCAUCUCUGAUCGGACCGCAUACGCAGUACCUCUUCGCAAUCGGUGGGCAGGGGGUUACCAGAGAGCAGAGAUUUCAGAUCAUCCAGGAACAGAAGCUUCAUGGUGAUUUAUUGAUCCUUCCUGUGAAGGACCACUAUAGGAAUUUAACGCGUAAGGUGCUCAGUGUCAUGACUCAUCUUGCGACAACCUACAAAUUCAAGUAUGUUUUGAAAUGUGAUGAUGAUACAUUUGUGAACGUCAAGGCGGUCGAAGCGUCUUUGAAAAACAUGCCAGAACGACGUUUCUACUGGGGAUACUUCUCGGGUACAGCGAGGGUGCAAAAAUCAGGAAAGUGGCGCGAAGACAAAUGGUUCUUGUGCGACAGAUACCUGCCGUACGCCCUCGGCGGGGCUUAUGUGCUGAGCGGCGACCUUGUACUUUUCAUAUCGAACAAUGCGGAUCAGCUGAGCGUUUACAACAGCGAGGACGUUAGCGUGGGAGCUUGGCUCGCCCCGCUUGACAUCACGAGGCGGCACGAUCCACGCUUCGACACAGCGCAUGUUUCUAGGGGGUGUAAAAAUGACGAUAUUGCCAUACACCGACAAGUCCCGGCAGACAUCAGGGCCUUUGGAAGACGGCUCGCAGAUGGGAAGGAUCUCUGCGAAAAAGAGUUUUCAGUCGUUCGCCCAUACCGGUACAACUGGUCCGUCCUGCCAUCACAGUGCUGCACAACAUUCUACGAAUAAAAACCAAAAACAA